AACGGCGGGAGGAACCGCCCGAGCGGCUGAGCCUAGCGAAGCUCGGGAGGAGACGGCAGCAGAUACAGCGGUGUGCAGAAUUAUAAGGCUGUCUGCAGAGAUUUGCAAAAUGGCAACAAAUGAAAGUAUCAGCAUCUUUAGUUCAGCAUCCUUGGCUGUGGAAUAUGUAGAUUCACUUUUACCUGAGAAUCCUCUGCAGGAACCAUUUAAAAAUGCUUGGAACUAUAUGUUGAAUAAUUACACAAAGUUCCAGAUUGCAACAUGGGGAUCCCUCAUAGUUCAUGAGGUCCUUUAUUUCUUGUUCUGUUUACCUGGAUUCUUGUUUCAAUUUAUACCUUACAUGAAAAAGUACAAAAUUCAAAAGGAUAAACCAGAAACGUGGGAAAAUCAAUGGAAAUGUUUUAAAGUACUUCUCUUUAAUCACUUUUGUAUCCAGCUUCCUUUGAUUUGUGGAACCUAUUAUUUUACAGAGUAUUUCAAUAUUCCUUAUGAUUGGGAAACAAUGCCAAGAUGGUACAUGCUUUUGGCAAGAUGCUUUGGCUGUGCAGUGAUUGAGGAUACCUGGCACUAUUUCCUGCAUAGGCUCUUACACCACAAAAGAAUAUAUAAGCAUAUUCAUAAAAUUCAUCAUGAGUUUCAGGCUCCAUUUGGAAUGGAAGCUGAAUAUGCACAUCCUCUGGAAACCUUAAUUCUUGGAACUGGAUUUUUCAUUGGAAUCAUGCUUUUAUGUGAUCAUGUUAUUCUUCUUUGGGCCUGGGUAACCAUUCGUUUGAUAGAAACUAUUGAUGUCCAUAGUGGUUAUGACAUUCCUCUCAACCCUUUAAAUCUUAUUCCUUUCUAUGCUGGUUCUCGGCAUCAUGAUUUCCACCACAUGAACUUCAUUGGAAACUAUGCUUCGACAUUUACAUGGUGGGAUAAACUUUUUGGAACAGACUCUCAAUUUACUGCCUACGUUGAGAAAAUGAAGAAGGUUGAGAAAAAGACUGAAUAAGCAUCUCACAUAAACCUUCCUGCAGAUACACAUUUCCUGAAUUGAAGCUAGUAGCUAACAUUGCUUC